AUGGGAGGACGGCACGCCGCCACUGUCAGCGAAAUUCUUUGUUUAGGCGCCGGCUCGCCUUUGAGGCAGGGCGAAAAACGUGCUCUCGCCACCGCCGGCGUCACACCCAAGGACGCCAUGGCUCGCGGGCAGCAGAAGUCCGUCACGGGCAUGCGCUCUGGCAAGGCCGGCGGCAGGCGUCCGUCGUUCAACCCGGCCGGCGCCGGCAAGACAUUAGUGCGCCAGAUGAUGCUGCUUCCCAUCAUGUACAUCGGGUCGACCAUGGACUGGACUGCGACCGCCACCUUCUACGCGGAGGCGACGCUGCUCGGGGUCCUGGUGCUUGGAUCGCUGGCCAUACAGGUGUCCAUCUUCCUCGCGCAGCGGAAGAAGGAGGUCGCAAAGGUCUUCGACGUCGGCGAUGCCACGCUGAUGCUGGAUGCAGAGCAGAUCAACGCGGACGGGUCCGUGGCGGCGCACGCGUACGACACGGCCAAGCUGAAGAUGCUGCGGAUGCAGCUCAUCAUCGCCGGGGUCGUGGUCUGGUUUGCCCACGUGCCGCUCCUCGCGGGCAGCUUUGGGCUGGUGGUGCAGCUCUGGGACUGCAAGGGUCUGCGCAUACACCUGCUCGGCGCCGCAGAGAAGCGCCCGUGGGGCACCACGGCUGCCAACCCUCCCGCGACUGCGACGGCGGCCACACCGCCGGGUGCGACCCUCCGCAAGGUGGACGAGUCCAAGGCGCUGGCCAAGGCUGCCAAGGGCGGUGCAGCGAGCGGCACCGGCACCGGCAAGAGCAGCAAGAAGGGCAGGUGA